AUGAUUACAAAGAAAGAAUGUUUACAACGAUACAACUUUCCGAAAUUAGAAAUACGAAUAAGACUUGCUAUAAAUGGAAAGUACAAAUGUGCAGGGCAUUACAGUACGAGAGUUGGGGCUGGAUCAUGGAAGGUCUAUAAGUUUGUCGAGGAGCACAACCAUGAUCUUGUUGAACGUCCUGAUAAGCAUUUUCUUCCAAUUGAACGACACCUCACUCAGCUCCAAAAGCAUGUUAUACACAGCAUGUCUAAGUUGAAUUUGGGUCCAGUCAACGCGUUUAAUGUUAUGAAGACUUGUUUUGGCGGUUUUGAAGACGUGGGUGCAAGUAAAGUUGAUGUUAAGAACUACAAGAGACAAAUUAACUUGUUUAUAGGGGAAUACGACGCUGAUAUGGUUGUGAGACAUUUGGAUGAAAAAAAACAUUCCCAGCCUAAUUUCUCGUACGAUUACUUCAUAAACAAAGACUAUCAUUUGAAGGGAUUUUUUUGGUGUGAUGAUUAA